AUGGACUUUAUAGAAGGUUUGCCGAAGUCGAAAGCUAAAAGCGUGAUAUUGGUGGUGGUAGAUCGGUUUACCAAGUAUGCCCAUUUUAUAGCUAUGUCUCAUUCGUAUACUGCUCUGACAGUAGCUGAGUUAUAUUGGAGACAUAUUCAUAGGUUACAUGAGUGGUGGUAUAACACCAACUUCCACACGGGUCUGCGAUGUACUCCAUUCGAAGCGUUGUAUGGUUAUACUCCGCCUCAACUUUCAAUUGGACCUCUUUUGGAGACAGUAGUACAGGCAGCAGAAGACGCAGUGAUGCAUCGACAACAAUUUCUUCAAUUGUUGAAAGACAAUCUAGAUACUGCCCAAGCUAGAAUGAAGUUUUUCGCGGAUAAGAAAAGGACCGAGCGUGAGUUUCUAGUGGGAGAUUGGGUUUACUUAAAGCUUCAACCAUAUCGGCAGACUUCCAUCGCCUUGAGACGAAAUUUGAAGCUCAGUUCUAAAUAUUACGGUCCUUAUUUGAUAGUCGAAAGAAUUGGAUUGUUGGCUUAUAAAUUAGCUCUACCUUUGCAUUCUAAGAUUCAUCCAGUUUUUCAUGUUUCGUUGUUAAAGAAGAAGGUCGGAAAUCGAGUGGUUAUACAGUUAGAAUUGCCUUAUACAAAUGACGACGGACAGUUUUUGGUUAAGCCAGUGCCAAUUCUGCAGCGGCAGAUGGUCAAACGAAACAAUGUGGCUGCUGUUCGGGUUUUGGUUCAGUGGUCUAAUUUUCCACCGGAGGAUGCCACUUGGGAGGAUUAUGAUUUUUUGAAGGCGAAGUUUCCUGGUUUCGAUUCUAAUCCUUGA